AGGGAGCUAAGGCUUCACUAAAUAUGUACGCACGCAAGUUCGUCCUAUAACGAAUCAAGACCACAAACGAUGCGUACCGUUUUCUUCCUUCUUGUCUUUACGACUAUCGGCCAUGUUAUACACUGCAAGCAACUGCACCACCCCGAACCAUCGCUGGUAUAUCCCGCGUUUCUCCAAGGCCGAGGGCUGUCCGAAAGUCGCAUCCUGAAGAUCAAUGAAGACAUUACGCUAAACCUGAGGAAAAGUUCCGGCCUAGCCGAGGAGCUUCUAGUGAGGAGCUACGGCAACGGUAUUCGCAAGCACACGUAUCUGGAUGGAUCUUAUCUAGAAGAGGACCUCUUUCACGAUGAAGAUGCAAUGGCGUCAGUCACCAUAUCAGAUGAGGAAGGGCUACAGGUGGAAGGAAUGAUCGGAAAUAAGUUAAGAAUAAUGCCGGCGCUUGAGGAGGAACGGUCAUCUGAUGGCCGCCUUGCACAUUGGCUACACGAGAUCCCCGACUCAUACGAAGGACUUCGCAAUGACUAUGUGAUGUCCGAAAGACGCCACAAAAACAUUACAGAAAGAGCAAAAAAGAAGGAUUUUACGAAAGCAGAUAUAAUACACCCGGAAUUAUUUUUAAUGGUUGACACAGUAAUUGCCAAGGCAUUCAAGAGUCAUAAGAAAUUGAUAAAAUAUGUAUGUCGUACAUUCAACGCGGUGAAUUUAAGAUACUUGAGCGUUAACAAUCCAAAAGUGCAGUUUCAACUUAUGGGAAUAGAGAUACUUUCGAAGUCUAGGGAGUCGUUCUUGGAAUUCGUGCCUCGCCCACCAAACUGCAUAGAAGGACUCAAGUCAGUAUACAACAUGAUGGAAUUCUUCCAUACAUACCCGGAGGAUUAUGAAACCUAUGACCUGAUCUACCUGAUGACUGGGAGAGACAUGGUUGCAGUACAGGGUCCAUACAUUGACCACGGCAAUAGGGGGUACGCGUUCAUUGCCGCGGUAUGUGGAGAACGAAGAGUAGGUUUAGGAGAAGACAAGGCCAAUACCUACGCUGGAGUAAGUGUUAUGAGCCAUGAACUUGGUCAUUUAAUGGGAUGUCCUCAUGACGGCGAUCGCGCACCCCACCAACUUGGAGGUCCUGGAUCUACUAGUUGUCCUUUUAACGACGGAUACGUCAUGAGCUACGCCGCCAUCAAUGCGAACCAAUACAAAUUCUCCUCGUGUUGUAACUACAUGAUGAGCCUUAUGAGCUGGUCGCCCCUAGGGGCAUGCCUCCACAAAAAGAAUGCCAAAUUUAAACUAAAAAGAAGGGAAAAUAACUUGCCCGGAAAGGGUAUUAAAAAGACAACUCAAUGCAAGUUGGCGUUUCCUGAUAUGCCUGAGACCUACUGGAUGCAGAAUGAGAAGAUCGUACAUUGCGAAAUGCAGUGUUUUGUGCCAAAACGAGUAGCCGGGUAUAACACACACGUAGGGCUUGCACUGAUGGAUGGCACAAUAUGCAACAGAAAGAGAUACGUCUGUAUUAACGGCCGCUGCCGAAAGAAGCGAAAAACGUAUCUCUCCUAG